CUGUUAGAUGUUUCUGAAAAUGUCUAAUGCGAUGUUGGGACUCCACUGUUUCAUCUAACUUUCAGGCGACAGUAAGCAGAUGGAUCGUCUGCUCCUUCCUCGAGUGAGGCUUGAGCCCGGGGGUGUGGAGGUGCCCAUACCCGAGUCUGUCUCCCCCCUACCAAGAUGGCAGAAGUUACCAAUGGAUUCAAAGUUUCCGGUCAACCCCGCCCCGCGCGGUGAGGUGACUUUCGUCACGACCAAGAUGUGCCAACCGGCGUACAAAUCAAAACAACACAAAGACUUUGACCUCACCGACCCCUACAACCGCACGAUGAAAAGUGAGUACGUGGCACUGCAUGACCCCAGUCUGAAGGCCUGGUUCGCCAAGCCCCACAUCAGGAAGAAGCUGAUUGAGCAGAACUUGAUCACAGAACAGGGCAACAUCUCCUGUAGCGUGAGAGACUUCAACGACUACCGCUACUUUCUACGUCAUCAGGCGGUCAUCCGGUCACAAAAGUCGGUGACCAGGAAGGUGGAAGAAUCGCAUGUACAGCAACGACGAGAACGGAUACUCCAAGAAAAGAAACUGAAAGCGGAAGUGUUUGGUGUCGAGGUCAAGUACAAACUGCUCAAGGCCAAGCAGACGAACAAAGAUAUUGAAGAUGAAAAAAGGAGGAAGUUUGAGGAGAAGCAACAGAGACAAGAGGAGAGGCGGAAGGAGGUGGAGCACGUCAAGCUGAUGAGGUCAAGGUCGUACCGGGAGUUCGAGAAGCUGAGGCAGCGGGAGGAGAACACGAGGAGGAUGGCGGAGAAAAAACUCCUGCAGUUUGAGACGGAGGCUCAGAGGAGGCAACACGAUCAAAAGGUCAAAGAGGCCUGGAGAAAAAAACGGGAAUACCAGAUGAAGAUGUUGGCGGAGGAGGAGAAACAGAGACUUCGUGUGGAGAAGCAGAAGGAGGUAGAGAAGAGGAAAUACGAAGAGGAGAUGAUGAAACGGUUGACGAAAAAUCAAGUGUCUCGUUUAGUGAAUAAAGAGGACAAGGAAAGAAUAAGAAGUGACAAAAAUGAGAUUUUUGAACAACGUCUAAAUCAAGUGCUGAAGGACACUGAGAAGAAAACUCUGUGGAAGUUUGAGAACACCCAAGAUUCCAAACGCCGAAACAGCUUCUGGAUUGUAGAGGAAGUUCUACAGCGUCUGGGUCUGAGUUCUGAGGUCCCUUUGAACAACCUGCUGAGUCUUGCCGUGUCCAAAGCUGUCAGGAAACUGGAAACGGCUUCCGUCAUCUCUGAGGAGCAGCAGCUGUUAAGUUCGAUCAUCCAUCUGAUGAUACGUCAGGUCAAGGACGUUUACCUGACCAGGGAUGAGAACUUCCUGGCUGUGACGGACAACGAUGACGAUGAGGACAAGGAAGAGAGGCCAGCCCCACCCAGUUUGUUCGGAGAUCUGGACGUGACCGAGGAAACAGAAAAAGCUGUCCGCAUCUCCAUGCUUGCCACCAUAGACUUUGCCGACCAAAGCUCCAAGACGUGGAGAAACCCCGUCACCCUGGGGACGGCCCCGUGCCUGCCGAGGAUGGAGGAGAGCGACCAUCCGAGAGACCAGGAGCAGCUGUUCUCCCGGAGGAUGAGGAUAGGAGAGACGGACGCCUUCCAUCUAGACAAGGAGCUGAGCAGUUUCCUGGAGCUGCUUCAGAACGAGAACUUGGACAUGAAGCAGAUGAAAGCCAUCAUCACACUGUUUCUCAAACUGGCCCACCAUGAGACCAUAGUCUCCGCUGACCCCUGCGGGCCCAUGGAACGAAACCCCGACGGACGGGUCGUCUACGCCUUCUCACCCCUCAGCUCGAAGACCAACAUGGAGGACCAGCCCAGGUCGAAGCUGCAGCUGUUGUCUGAGAUAUACAAGAGCGCGACCAACACUUUCAUGGACGCUCCGGACCCGGGUUCGAAACCAGACGGGGAACUGGCCGCAGCCGAGGGGAGGCAGUCACAGCCUUACAUUACGGAAAAUUUGAGCCAGGCCCAGAAAAAUGAUUUUUUAUCACGAGCUGAAGAGGAGAGAUUUGGAUUUUCAGAAGAGAAGGACGACAUUUCAGCCAGAGCUAAUAAUCCUCCCUCAGCAAUGAUUGAUGAUAUUCCUCCGGCUAAAACUGAUUAUAGCGUGGUUGUAGAAAAUGAAGAGGAGCCGCAGAUUCCGGAAGAAAGCGGCGCAGAGGUAACUGGCAUGAAGGAAAACGUCAUCGCCCUAGAGGAUGACGUCACCGCCCUAGAGGGUGACGUCACGGAUGACGUCAUCGCGGUACCCCCGGAAGCGGAUUUCACCGAAAACGACGCUCAAGAUAUAGUCACAGAGGAGAAAACUCGACCCGCGCCGGAUGAACCCGGGGAUGAAAAUCAAAACAAAGUACAAGAUGAUUCGGAAGAGGAGGGGGGACAACAACCCGAGGAGGUACAAGACACUGAAGAACACCUUGAAGACGAAUCUGUAGAGGAAUCAGAGUCUCCAAAAGUGGAUGCAGAUGAACCCGAAGCUACUGAAGAGUACGAUGACACGCAAGAUGAACCUCAAGAGGAAGCGGAAAUAGAUAAUCAAGAAACGAAUGAAAUUGCUUCUCCUAGAAACGAAGCCGUUGCUCAAGAACAAGAAGCGGUUGUCGAUUCCAAUAAAAAUUCAGAUUCCGUUAAGGAAAAAGUCGGGUCAAAUAACGUUGAGGGUACCGGAAAUACGGAACGUGACGCCACCAUUGCUUCCGGUGUCCUGGAGUCUACUGAAGGCCUAGUGUCUAAACAGAGAAGUGCAACUAAACAGAGAAGUGCAACUAGACAGAGAAGUGCGACUAAACAGAGAAGUGCAACUAAACAGAGAACCGCUAACGAGGAGUUGCGGUUUUCCGUCACAGCUUCAUCCUUCGAUUAUGACGACAAUGAGGACUCAGAGAAUGAGGAGGAAGAUAAGGGAGAAACUCUGGAGGACAGCGAGACGAAAAGGAGGCGACUCGAGGAGGAGGAGGAGGAAAGGGAUUUCGAUAAAUCGGUGGCUGACGACAACCUCGUUUUGAUCACACGUCACUUCCUGUCCAAAAUACAGGAGCGAGGCCGGUUGGAGGGUGUAGGGUUCCCCCCUUCCAGGUUCCACCGUUUCAUCGUAACGCUAUUGGCCAAGAUGUGGAGGAAGGAAGAGCCGGCAGAGCAGCACGUCUUCGGCAAAUGGCUGGAGGAGGGGCAAGUCACUGACGUCGCCAAGAGGCUUGUGUUCUGCCUGGGGAAGAAACAUUUACCUGCCUGUCUCUUGAUCAAGUUGGCCACGGGGAUCAUGGACGCUCUGAUGUUAAACAUGUCCGACUAUGCCAGUUAUUUCUCUGACAGCCUCGUGCGAGUGGUACUGAGCCGUUUCCUGGCCGACCUAGAGAAGGAAAAAGUCAGCAUGAUCAUCGUAGAGCGGACACUCAAGGCGACGCUUGAAGCUUUCGAUGAUUACGAGACCGCGGACGUGGAUUUUAUGCUGGAGGUCUUCCUACUGGAGUGUUUAGAGAAGGCUGAAGAUAUGGUCUCCGAUGGUGUCUUCAACAAACGGAUGGAUUUCAUCAACGCGGUUUUUGACGUUGAAAAUUUCCCUCGCGAGAAACGGGAGUACUUGUACGCCAUCUCAUGGAAAGAUUACAUCCACCGGUCUAAGGCUACCAUCCAACUGGACGCACUGACCCCAGAGAAGCGACAGGAACUGAGAGAGAUCCUUCUGAAGGUGUCUUACGAGCUAAUGGAGCUGGAUUCAGACGAUAACGUGCGAGAGUGCGUCCACCGACUGAAGACAAGAAUGUCUGACAGCAGUUUCAGGACGAAGCUGGUCCUGAUCCUGACGGCUAACGUGGUCAACGCCCUCCUACCCACAAUACAACAGUGUAAAAUCUCCAGCAUGACCUUGCUGCCCGCUGCCCUCAAUACGUCACAGUCAGCUAAUGCCACCACAGCUUCGAACCUAGGAUUUGACACUCUAGGGGAGAGCAUUGUAGUGCUGCUAAUCGACAAACUGGCCAGAGCUAUGGGCACCAACAAGAUCAAACCAGCUGAGCUGUCCUGUCUGGCAACUUCCGUUGUUGAUCUCUUAGUCUCAGACUUCCAGUACCAAAGGUCUGACCUGCAGGACACUGACCUGGCCGGAGUCUUUGAUUCCAUCGUUAUGCGAUUCAGGUGUCGUGAGUUCGGCUUCAAUGAAUCCAAACAGUUCCUCAGCGCUCUCAUCCGCCCUUACCUGGCGCUUUUGUUGAGGACCAACAAGGACCUGAGGCUGGCCAAGGUCACAACGAUGGACCUGGACGGGGACCAGAUCUCCAGCUUUGUGGGGCUCAUCACGCAGGUCUUCCUGACCUUCGUGGCCGGGAUCGUGGCCCGCAUGAACAGGUCAGGGGUGAAGGUCAGACAGACGCCAGAUGUUCAGGUCUUGUACGUGUGGAGGACCAUCGCCAUGUUGGCUGGUGAGGCGAAACAUCUGCUCCAGGAAGUCGUGGGGGACAGCCAGAGGUACCCGGGGAAAGGCCGGGUUCAGAGGUCAGACUCCUACGUCGUGCGGGGGUUUGUGUACACGUUGGUGGACAAAGGUCAAGAUGGCACCGUGCCAGAGUCUGUCCACGCUGCCAUGCCGGGCCUGGUGAGCAGUUUCCUGUUGACCUUGAUAGAACGCUGCAAGCAUCCAGGGUACAUCCCAGACAAAGAGGGGAAAAGUCUGAUGGGUAGUAAAGCUGAUCAGGGAUCUCCAUCGACCCCACCGGAUGUGACGCAGGUUGUGAAACGUGAGGUCAUAUCCGCUUGCCGGGAGAUUGGCGAGUCACUGGUGACGCCACAAGCAACACAGCUGAUGAGUUCCAAGAUGGCCGACUAUGUCGCCUGUACCGUGUUUGUGUUGGAGAAAAUAGUCUCCAACUACCACGAGAAGUUAUGGGCCCUGAGACACGCCCUGCUAAAGAAAGAACUUGACGUGCCUGAUGUCGUUGAUUUCAUCAUCGGGCAGACGAAACACGGCAUCCCAGCCUUGAAGAACAACCUGGACGGCGCCGUACAGCUGGUGACUGCCGCCAUUUUGGAAAUGGAGGAGCUGCUGAGAUCCGUGCGGAUGUUGAACAAAAUGGUGGAGAGCAUCAGCAGGAUGGGGAUGGACGCGGGUGGGGUUCGGGGACAGCCUCACAAUGUCCUCUCUGUGGUGACGCCCCUGCUGUUGACUCGGUUGAUGAAGUCCUGCCUGCUGACCAUUUUAAGGACGUUGGCGGUUUUGGUGGAAGGAAAAAUGGACAAGACGUUGUGGUCAAGACGUAGGAAUACUUUAGAACAGCUCGAGAAGAUGGUGAGUGUCGCGAUGUUGGUGACGGCGCAUAAUGAUUUCAGCGUUUUGAAAGAACAGAUCGAGGACUGUGUCACCCCCCAGGGUUUGUGGACCCCCGGGGGUGUGGCCGGCACGGAGGAGAGCUCGGUCAUUGACCUGCCGAUUGAGACAGUGGACAAAGUUUUCGCCAGGCUGGAAGGCAUCAUGGACAACUUCCACAGCACGAAGACUUCCUUCGAAGACGGCACCCGGUACGAAGAGAAAGGAUCCUAUUCAGCCAAAGACGUGUGCGAGAUCAUCAUCAGCCGUGUCAUGGGCUCAAUCAUCUAUCGCGUGGAGAUCGGGUCUCUACCUUGUCUGAGGGUCAACGACCUGGUCCGUGGUCAGAGCUCACAGAAAAUAAUUUCCGCCUCCCCGGAAGAAUUUCCGUCCAGCCCCCACGACCGCAGCGCCAACAAAAAAAUGGACCAAUCCGGGAAUAAAAUACUGAACCCUGCCGUCUGCUUCGAGCAGGAUGUGUCCAGCUGUUUGUAUGAACACCUGGUCGGGGUCGUUUCCGGUGUGGAACAGCACAUGAAGAUGGAGGUGGAGGGGGCGCUGGUCAUCAACGAGGACUACGACAACAAAAUCAGGGCGCGGGUCAUCAUCGACUCCCUGCUGGGCAAAAUCCGGAGCAGCCAGAAAAACAAAACCACUUUCCUGACGGCCUUGAAUCCCCCCGAGAAGACCACGCCCCACAAGAAGACUCCCGAUGGUUGUAACAACAGAGCCGGGCCUGCAAGAGAUUUAAGAAAAAACGCGUCUGUGAAUGUUGAAGCUUUGUCUAAAACAAACUCCACUUCUUUGAAGAAGGUCCCGCUGUCGGCGUACAUUAAGACGUUGUUCAACCAGAUCUUUGAUGAGAAGCUGACAUGUGAGGGUGAGUACCACGACAAGGCCGUACUCAUCAACGAAAUCGUCAACGCCUGCUACAACUACCACGCGUCGUUCGUUGAAAAUAACGUCGCGAAAAAAGAAACGCCUUCAGAUCGCUUGCAGUCCGACAGCGUUAAAAUUUUAAUCACGGAGAUGGUUCUGGAAGAACUUUUGAGUAAUCUCAAACGAUGUAAAAAAGGCGCGAACGAGUCUGUUUUUAAGCGAACAGCUCACCCGUAUUUGUUCAGCCAGGAAUACCACGACCCUGACCCUUUAGGACCGUACUACGCUGAGGUCAUGGACAGGGAGAGAAGGUUGUCGAACUUUAUCAAAGUGGAGACAACCGCCGCCGCCAAGACAUCGCCCCGGCACGUCGCGGCCAUGAUGAAGGGGGACAACUGCGUCGAGACUAAGGUCAGCUCCAGCUGUCAGAGCGAUAGGCUGAGGUCCGAGCACUCCCGGAAAGCGGGCAAGUCCAUCGCGCAGAACCCGGUCGAUGUGCUCACGUCGAAGCGAAUCGUGAACCGUGUGACGGAGUGGAGGAAGAACAUCUGCAUCACGUCGACGGCCAACAGCUUGGAAAGUGCGAAAAGUACCUCGUCUAUAUGGAAACAAAAGACGCCGCAGAAGGUGACGAAGCAAAAAAGUGCGGAAGUUAAAGACGUCAAAGACUUGAAUAAACAAAAAUCUGCUGUUUCAGCUUCAGCCCCUGCUUGCAGUAAACAAAAUUUGAAAUCGGAAAACAAAAUAUCGGUAACUAAAAAACAGCAAACUGUGAAUGAUGAGAAUAAAAACGAAAACGUUGGUGUAGUUAAGAAUAAAACCGACCAUGUUGAUGUAGGAAAGAAACCGCAGGCUGUGAAAAAAGAAACAACGAAAAGCCCGGAAACCGAAGCUAAGCUGAAGAUGGAUAAAGAACGCGCCAAAAAGCAGCAACAGCAAGCUAUACACAAGGCGAAGGCGAGAGCUGAAAAACUGAGGAAAAAACAAGCUGUGAAAACCAUCCCGGGCACACAACAUCAGCAGAGGAAGAUUGAAGUGUUCUACCACGUCACGCACAAACCAGAAAACUUGCUGGAACCUGAUCCACAGAACGGCACCGUCGGGGAUACUUGUGGGGGUGAGGUUGGCGAAAAUGUUCCAGUUGAGGUUGUACUCGAUGAAGAACUAGGAACAAGUGUUGAUAAGAUAAACGAAAUCGGCGAUGAAACACAAAUAACAAAUGAAGAAAAUGCGGAAGUUGAAGACAGUGCUCCCGUGCAAUAUCUGCUGUCUGCUCUGCUCAGUUUAGUAGCAGAUGAGCUGCCCAAAGAGGUGGGGCUGCUGAAGCAGAUCUUCCCCAUGGAGGAGCUCUGUCGGACGUCAAUGAAGGACUUGGUCGACCCGCUCUCCGUGGUAGAGUUCGCUCAGGAAAAAUUUGACGCGGGGCGGCUGACGGAGGUGGGGCAGGUGCUCCGUGGGGAGGUCAGCAGGACAGAGCCAGGCCACAGGCUGGUGGGGGCCUUCAACAACAUCUACAGGAGCGUUGUAGCCGGGAUGGUGACGGACACAGAGCUGUUGCAGAAGGCGGGAAUCGUGGCUGGCGAGAAGAUCGAUGUGGACACAUUCCGACUGCAGCUGUCACAAACCCUACAAGAAAUUGUGACGAGUGUGAGUGCUGGGUACGGCUAUUCUACGCUGCUUGAGGAGAGAUGGAAGGAGGUCAUUGAACUCAUGGAGGCGGGGCAGGUGAAAGAUGAUAUACAAGAACCCGGUGAAAAUGACAACGAUGAUAACUACUACCAUGACGAUGAUUUUGAAGAUGACAAAGAAGACCUCGACAGCUACAGCGAUGACCUCGAGCCUGACCUUGAGAAAAACGAUACGCUUGAAAAAGAUGACUAUGUCGAGUGUAAUGAAAACGAUGAUGAAAACAAAGAAAAUGAUGAAGAGGAAAAUGUCGGUAAAGAUGAAGACAAGGAAGAAGACAAAAUUGAAGACAAUGAAAGUGUUGAUGAAAACCGCGAAAAUAAGAGCGACGACGAAUAUGUCAGCGACGUGGAUAAAAAAGAGAGGCUCGAUGUAGACGACGAUAAAAGUAGCUCCGAAGACGACAAGCCGAAAUGUUCAGGCUCGUCGUCCUGGUCCUCGAUGAAAUCCGAACUCUCGUCCUUGUCGGGAGGUUCAGAAGGUUCCAGAAAAAGGGAGCCCAGGCGACGAAAGAGAAAGCGGGCGCGACCGGCGAGGAGCCACAGCACGGUCUCCGGCUCGUCUAAGGAUUCUUCAGAACAUUCGGAACGGAAUUCUUCCAGACAAGACGGUGAGAGGUCAAGGUCGAGUUCUGGCUCCGUCGUCUCAAGUCCCGCGACAUCCCGCUCGCCACAACAUAGCGCGAGACUUGACGAGACCAACCAGAGCCAACCGGAAAUGGCCGGGGACGAAGGGACGUCGGUGGACCCCGAGAACUACCGAGGCGGCGACGGAGACGGCCGAGUGGAUCACGUGACGACCAACACCAGGACGACCUUGAGCCUGGACAAAGUGGACCGUGAACUGGCCGCCAUCUGCGAACUGCCCGACCCGUGCUUGAUCCCCGGCCCCCACGUCGCUGCCCUACCCCAGGGGGCGGGGGUCCCGGUCAUGGACUGGAUGGACGACAUCCAGGACGCUCCCUACGACGACGACGAUUACUUCGACGAAGAGAACGACAACGAAGAAUACGACGACGAUGAUGACGACGAUGUGGAGCCAGCCGACGCCGUUGAGUCGAGCCGUCAGGGGGAGACAAACGAGGACAGUCCACACGGACCGUCAGAGGACGAUGAUGAUGAUGAAGAAGAAGAAGACGAUGGAAGCUUGUCGUAUUCUGAUGUUGAUUCUGUCAAAGAAUGACCUGUUAAAAAUCAUCUUAGAAAACAUUUUAAUUAUUUUUUUUUUACAAUCAUGUUUUUAAUAUCUAAGCCUAUUUUACCGAAAAUUCUUGUUUGCGCGUGACGUCUCAAACGGGAGGAAAACUUUCACUUGUUUUUAUGAA